UUUAGCUUUUUUAAGGGCGAGUCAGAUCAGCUGGUAAUUACUUUGUCAUCCCUGCAGUUUGAAAAUGGCAAGGCAGAUUGGAGCUCGGCGUAAAAUCUAUAGACUCAUAGAAGGAUUCAUAUUAAACAAAGACUGUGGUCUUCAAAACUCAGAAAACGAGACCGAUUCACAGGUGCAGGAAGAUAAUUGCGAAGAGGAAUUUCUCGACCCCAAUGAGAUGAGCAGUGUUUCAUCGGGCAGAUACCAGCAUAUUGCACCCUCUGCUGCCCGGCAGAGAGAAGUUCUGUUUCAGGAUAAAAAGGAGAAGUUGAACGUAUAUGGCCAUUUUCCACUCACUGACCCCUGGUGGCGCCUGAAAGCAUCAGUGAAAGUUGGAUUUAGCAAGAGCUUUCUGCAGUGGUCAUCCUACAGCUUGAGGACAGACACAGACACAUCCAUUAUCUCUUUAUUCCUGAAGGAAUGUGAUGUUGAUGAUGAGCACAGAAGAAUGUUUUUACAGUGGGCUAAAACAGUACAUUUUGAAAAUUUGGAAGAAAAAUUGCAAAGGUUUGCCAGAAGAAAGCCUAAUGACUCUGAAGAAAUUGCCAGACAAAUAUUUCAAAGAAUCAAUAGGUCAGAUGCAGGAAAAUUUGUACAGAUCGCCUCCGAUUACCCAUUAGUAAUGGAAUAUGUGUCCAGACUUCUCCCAAGACGAUUCAUGAACUUGCUGAAAAUGGCAGAAAGAGUGCUAGGUAAUGACACAUGCAUCAGCCGUCUGAAACCGGGUUUCUUACACAGACUGGAGAAGAUGCUUACUGACAAAACAGAAAUUUGGAAACUGGGAUUUUCUGACAUAACAUACAGGGAACUAAAAAUUGUUCGGUGUGAGGCGACAUUGAAGGAGUUCAUACAAUGUGACCUGCUUUCCGAAGUCCCAGAGCUGCAGCAACAUGCCCUAAUGAUCUACAAUGAAAUGAAACAUAGCCGUGAUGGGCACACAUAUGUCUUUAAGGAUGAUCUUGUUAAUAAGGUUCAUGUUUCAAAUAAGAUUUCAAAGAAACAAAUACAGCAAUCGUUGGAGUUUCUACAGAUUAACAAUAUCUUAAAGCAGGAAAGUAAUAAGAUUUUUCUCAAAUACCUUUAUGACUGUGAAAAAGAAAUUGCUGAAUCCAUACAACAACUGGCUCACAGGCCACAAUCAUACUUUAAUACGGAGAAGAUUGUCAGGCUAGUCCAAAACGAAAUACUGCUGGACAAACAACAACUGAAAGCUGUUGAAAUGAUUUGUGAGAAUCCUAUCACAUUAAUAAGUGGGAAAGGUGGAUGUGGUAAAACUACUGUAGUAAGCCAGACUUUGAAAGCUGAAUACCAAUCCGAAGGAAAGGAGCCUGGGAGAAAGCCUAAGGUUCUCCCCACUGCUCCAGUAGGAAAAGCAGCAAACAAUUUAAAGAAACAAACUGGCUUUGAUGCUUACACGUUGUAUCAGGUGCUUUGGAGUUAUGAUCUUUAUCAAAAACAGAGGGCUAAAAGGAGAAAAGAAUCUGAAGAUUAUCAAGAAGAUUUUACGUGGAGGUUUUCUGAGGUGGAGGUCUUUGUGGUGGAUGAGGGCAGCCUGGCUUCGGUCCAGAUCUUGAACUAUGUGUUUAAACGGUUGAUGAAGGAGGCACAGUUAAGAAAAGUAAUCAUUCUUGGUGAUGUCAGACAACUACCCAGCAUCCAGCCUGGCAAUGCUCUGUCUGACAUGUUUGAAGGCCUCUGUAAAAAAGGAUGGACUAUAGAGUUAACUACUAAUCAUCGUUCUGAAUCCCAUCUGAUUGUGCGUAACGCUACAAAAAUUUCAGAAAUAGGAAUAAGGAAUCGUUCCUAUUCCGACCUGGAAUUUGAUGCUGUCGUCACUGUACCGGCACAGAAAGAUUCGAAAGUCACAAUACAGACUGAUGACAAGAGCUUUAUUUUCAUACCUCUGCCCUCUGGAAACCAAAACACUGACUGUGACAGGGCGGUCGAGUGGUCUGACGUCAAGGCAGAAGCAGGAAGGGAAAAUAAACUGACACCAGAGAGUACUGCAGGUUUGGAAGAUGCUAUUAGAUUCCUUUUAGAAUCAGCCCCAGGGUUGAAGGAUGAUGCAAAAUCACAGUUCAUUACAUUUAAAAAUGGUGAUUGCUAUAUAAUAAAUAAACUUUGCUGGGAACACUAUUCCAAAAAGAAUAGCAGGUCUGUGGCAGCACCCCUCAAAAUACAGACCAAUGCAUUGCUAAGAGGAAGAAAUCCAGAGUUGGUAUUCGAGAUUGGCAACAAAGUAUGUUGCACAAAAAAUGUUGAUGUUAAGGAAAUGACAAACAAAAAAGAGUUCAAGAUUAAAUUCACUGAACAGGAAACUGUCCGGCUUUAUAAUGGGGAAAUAUUCUUCAUUACUGAGGAUGUUGAAAUAGAUGGAUGUCGUUUAUUGACACUCGAUGACAAAGAUGGCCGUAAAGUGUGUGCCUCCUACAGGGAGUUACGGGACGGGAAACUGAAACAUGCCUGGGCCAAGACUAUUCACACAUACCAGGGUUCUGAAUCUGACACAGUCGUGUAUGUUAUUACAUCUGUGGGGUUUCAAAACUGGCAGCAUAUAUACACUGCAGUGACGCGGGCACGGAAGCGCGUUUACGUGGUCGCCAAAGAGAGUUUUCUGAAAAUUAUGAUACGCAAAAAGAAACCGAAAAGAAACACCCGCCUGAAAGAACUGCUUGAGGAGAUCCUGGACGAGGAAAACCCAGAGUGGAACCAGAUGUCUUCUCCCCAGGCUGCAGAGUUCCCAACCAGUCAGGACACCCCCAAAUCUACCCAGCCUAGAACACCUACACAGUGUCCUUCCACUGCCAGUGGCUCCACAACACGCCUACAGCCAAGAAACAUCUGGGGUGGGAAACAAGAAACAGACCUAGGCCUUGGGUUCAGCUCAGAGUCACAGGAUCAGUUCCUCGGACCCUGGAUGGAGUCUGAGAAGGGUCACACAGAAACAAACCCUCUCACUUCUCAGUCCCAAACCAGUUUCUUAAACACAAGUGACAAUUCUGUUGAUGGCAACAAUUCAGAUUGUUUCAACUGUGUCGGAGCUAAUUCUGGAUUUUCUUAUGACAGUAAAACGCAAAGGAAGUCCAAUGACCAGCACAAGACUCCUUCAAUGCACUCCAAAUCAGGCAAGAAGAAGAGACAGACCCCAUCCCGCAAGGUCCUCCCAAGACGAGGAACCCGUGGAAUCGCUGAUAUCAGAAAAUUUGGUACUUUGUCCCGAAAAUUCGUUUCUAGCACUGUGACUGCUCCAGAGUCACAAGGAGGCGCUACAGCAGAGUCCUCACCGAUACCAGACCCUGAAGGAGCUGGAAAAAGAAACGAGACCCACGAUGCUGUAAAUAGUUCUGAGAAUCUUGAAUCCGGAGCCAGUAGUAAGAAAAAAAGGAGGAUGCCGGGUAUGGGAGAGGAUGAAAUCGAAUAACAAUUAACAGUAUCACAGUGGUAUUAAGAUUACUGGAAGGAAGUUACAGUUAGAGGGAUUUUAUAUUUCAAUGGGGAUAUCUUGGCUCAAACUAAUAAUGAAUUAAAUAAAUCAUAAAAGUUUAGAUCAUAUAAGUUCUUGUUUAUUUCAUUUUUUCACUACAAAUAGCAUUUACUACUCCUUGCAAGUGGUUUGCUUUUCCCAAUACUUAUUUAAAUUCAAUUAAAAAAUGCAUCUUUAAAUGUCUCUUAGGGGGUUCCUAACAUCUACACGUCCCCUGGAUUUCCAGGGCUGACACAAUCUGUUCAAAAAAACAGAAAACACAGACAUUAUUUA